GCUCUCAGUUUUGGCAAACAAACAGGUGGUAGUACAUCUCUACGCUCUACGGCCUCUGUUGGUUAUUUUCAGGUCAGUGAUGACAUUAAGGAAAAUGGAGCCUCAAAGAAGAGUGUACAUAUGCCUCCCUAAAAAAUACAUGGCUUCUUUGUCUGAAAAGUGGGAACUGGAUCAUGGACUAAUCAUUAAGGAUCUCAGCACUCACAUAAAUGAAGGAUAUUUACAAACUUACUUCAGACAGUGGGGCACCAUCACAGAAUGCACGAUCCACAGAAUUCAGCCCUCUGACUCGAAGACAGCGACUGCAAUGGGAUAUGUGAGGUUUUCCUCAGAGGAUGAGGCAGAUGAGGCGGACUGGGCAGGUCCUCAUUAUAUAGGAGGCUUGGAUGUUGUAGUCAAGAGGAUUGUAGCCCCCAAGAUGAAUGAACCUAAACGUUCCGAUGGGGCAGAGUUCACCCCUGCCAGACCAACCCCCAGUUAGUCCAUAUGCCUGGGAUACAUCCUCAAGAAUGCUCAGCUGUUAGAUGUAAAGGGCAAUUUAUAUCAUGUACUACCUACGUUAUAAAAAUCUGGGAACAGUUUUUUUGUGGAAUAUUUAAAAUGUAAUUUCUUAUUUGUUUCUUUAUGUGGUUGAUCAGCAUUUUCACUGCAAUUAUAUACUGUAUAAUAAAUAAUUAUUGUA